CGACUCGCAACCACCAUGUUCUCCUCCUUUUUCUCCACCGCGCCCCCUGUCGACCCCGAUGCGCCCAACUUCCACCCCGUCUCGUCGGCGUACAAGCCCGAGGAGCUCUUUGGCGAGCUAGAGCCGAAGGACACGGAGUGGGCAUGCCCGGGCGGCUUCGCGGUUGAGACGCAGACCUUCUAUCAUUUCCUGGAGGACGGGACCUCGUUGAUGUGCCAGGUUAUCCACUCCUCGGUCGGCGUGUGGUACCCGACGAUCCAGUUCACCUGCAAGAUCUUCAACCCGAACACGAAGGAGCGCACCUGGAAAUCGGUCAACGUCUCCAACUUUGUGACGCCCCCGCCCGGGCUCGACAAGCGGUCGAGCAAGGCGGACGAGUUCUCCAUCACGUACAAGCCGAAGCCGGGCUCGGACACGCCUGAAUCGUACGUGCUCACCGCGAACCUCGGCGACGAUCUGCAGAUCACGCUCGACAUCGCGCGCGCCGCGUCCGCCCCUGGCUUCAAGGUCGGUGCAGGCCCGAACGGCGGCUUCUCGUACUUCGGCCCCGACCCGAAGAGCGCAGAGGGGUACGUGGUCCACCGCUUCUGGCCGCGCACGCAGGCGACGGGCAUGAUCGUGCACAAGGGCCAGGCGAUCAGCGUCAAGGGCCCGGGCAUGUUCGUGCACGCGAUCCAGGGCAUGCGCCCCAACCUCGUCGCGGCGCGAUGGAACUUCGCGCUCUUCCACAGCGAGCAGCACGGAGGCGUGUCCGCGGUCCAGAUGGACUUCACGACCACGGAGGCGUACGGCCGCAAGGGCAACGGCUCGGGCUUCGUGACUGUCAGCGUCGGUGGGCUCGUGCUUGGCGGGAAGCUCGCGACCGUCACGGCGGAGACGAAAUGGCCUGAUGAGGAGUACGCUCCGAGCGGCGGCAUCAUCUCGCGGAUAAUCCACUCGAAGAAGGCGCACGAUGUGGACACUGGAUACGAGGCGCCGACGGAGGUGACGUUCCGCUGGGCUGCGCCGUCUAUCCUGUCCGACGCGCAGGGCACUCUGGAUGCGACCGCGACGGUCGACCUUGGGACGCCUGAUGCGUACAGCGGCCUCGUCGAGAAGGUCGACGUGCUGGCGGAGAUCCCGUACGUGAUCAAGACGAUGGUGAACUAUGUCGCGGGCACGAAGCCAUACAUCUACCAGUGGCAGAACCCCUCGACGCUUCACGUCAAUCUCCCUGCUGGGAUCAUCCCGGAUGUGUCUGAUCAGGUGGAGGUCGCGGGCACGAUGUACAAUGAGGCGACGUUCAUCUCGUGAGUGUAUACCAGACAACGCUUGGAUUCGAUUAAUGUACAGUACACCGCCAAAUUUCCUGUGUUGCGCUACCAGCAGCUGAGAUUCUCACGUCCGUACCACCUGCGCGCCCAUCUCUCCGCGCCCCGCCUAUCGCCUUAUUACGC